GUGUCUUCUGUGAAGAUGCAGUAUGUUAAGCCUUUCGUACUAUUCCUGUGCUGCACUCGGGCUGCAUCUUCAGUGACACACUCCUGGAAGAACUGUGUAACUGGCACCACAGGAGUGAGUGCGUUCCCUGAUUUUGUGGCUGUAGCCAUUGUGGAUGAAGACACGGUGGCGUAUUUUGACAGCAACAUCAAACACAUAGAGCUCAGACAGCAAUGGGCAGAAAAAAUUGAGGAGAAAAACAUGGAUCGUGACAACAGAGAACUUAAUUCUUUCAUGGAAGACUUCAAACAGAAGUGGAGUCAAUACAUGACACGCUUCAAUCAAUCAGGAGGUAUCCACACACUUCAGCUCGAGUUUGGCUGUCAGGGGGAUGGGUGGAAGCAUGAAGGAUACUUGAAGUAUGGUUAUGAUGGAGAGGAUUUUCUCACUCUGGAUAUGACGACCUUAACCUGGAUUGCUGCCAACCCACAGGCUGCCAUCAUCAAGAAAGAGUGGGAGUCUUCUGAGACGAAGAGGCACCAAAUGCAAAAAUAUUUCAUCUGUCUUUCACUAUUGCAGAGGGCUGCUAUCUAUGGCAAAAACAGCCUUGAGAGGAAAGUCCCUCCUGAGGUCUCUCUGCUCCGGAGGGACCCCUCCUCUCCUGUCACCUGUCUUGCCACCGGCUUCUUCCCCAAAGGAAUCGUGGUGUCCUGGCAGAAAGACGGAGAGGACCUGCAUGAGGAUGUGGAGCUGGGAGAGACGGUGUCCAAUGAGGACGGAACGUUCCAGACCAGAAGCAGGCUGACAGUCUCACCUGCAGACCUGAAGGAGCACAAGUUCACCUGCAUUGUGGACCACAGCAGCCUGGAGAAGAAUAUUAUCAAGCCUGUGACUAAGGAGGAGAUAAAGACCAACCUGGAUCUGCGGAAUCCAGCUGGAGGAGUGGACACCUUUACGUCAUCACAACAGACAUGGGUGUCUCUGGCUGUGACAAGAAGGCACCUCUCCAUGGUCCAGAGGCAAUGUGGUGGCCAAGGUUGGAGCCCAGGGAUCUUAAAAAUCAGGGGUGAGGGUUUGACAAGGAUGGGCCACAUAUGGGGAGGGGAGGGCCGAGUGGAGAAGGGCAAGGGCUUGAGGAAUCUCUCUUUAUUCAGACAGUGAGAACCUGAAAGAAGAGCAUCAGGGGAGAGUGAAGAUUUCCAGGAUGUUUUUGUAAAAAAAAAAAAAAAAUCAAACAGGCAUACGCACACACUUCUCUUCAAUCAAUCUGUCAUGAAUGCAGCAUCGAUUAUUACUUUCUAGUUCAUGGUACUGACAGUCUUGGGAAGCCAGUUGGUCAUUUAGCAGGCGUUCUUAUCCAGGUCAGAUUACGAAGCAGGAGCAAAAUGCAAUAAAGCUGCAGAACAACAGACCCUGUCCGAACAGGCAUCGGUCUCUCACACAGUGCGGAGAGCAACAACUGACAACCAAAUAUUCUUCAAAAAGCAGUAAAGUCACUGAUAUGAUAAUUUGGGUACAGAAAGCCAGGGGAAGAGAGCAGGGGAAGGAGGGGACUGAACACCACAAAAAAGCAAAAGCCAGACUCCUUACCAGAGUCCCUCUGCCCUUUCUGUCUCUGGUCCUUGCCUGUCACUAGGCAGUUAAGCCAUUCAAUGUUUCAAACAAAACAACAUGCCGGUUCAAAGUCCCUAAAUUUCUUUACUCUUCUCAGUAUCAGUUCCAAAUCUGUGCAGCUAAAUGAAGGCUAUUUAGGUAGUGGCCCCGGGCUUGCUGCCUACCAUGGACAUCCUGUUGACUUAAUGUUGUGUGUUCAUUCUCAUUAUCCAGAAGCAAAACAAAACUCGGCUUGCAGUUGGUUUCAGUAAACAGACUUGUCUGAGAAACCAGUGGUUAAAAGCAUAAAAAGGGCUGCCAGUAAUUUGCAAUUACGUGAAGGGACAUUUUUUGUCCAUAAGGGGUCAAAACUUUCUAUGGUACAAUGAUUUUAGAUGUUACAGGAGUGAAUGUUCCUUUCACAGUCUACACAUUGCUUGGUUUCCAAAGGGCUUCUGUUCUAUAAAAAAUUAACUUUUAA